AUGGAUAGAGCUAAGGAGGCUAAUGCUAAAGCCUUUGUUGAUGAUUCAACAAAAUAUUAUGAGGUAUUUGAUAUCAUUGAUAAGAGGUGGCAAGAUCAGCUUCAUCGACCUUUGCAUAUUGCAGGAUAUUACCUUAAUCCUGCAUUUUUCUAUGACCAUCCAAACAUCCAAGGGGAUGACGAAGUUAUGAAAUGUCUUUAUCAAGUCAUUGAGAAGAUGGUUCCCACACAAGAUCAAGACAAGAUUGAUAGGCAGUUGGAUAUAUAUAGGCAUGUCGGGGGUCUUUUUGGUAUAGAGAUAGCUAAGAGAAAUAGAAAGAAGAAGUCUCUAGCUGAUUGGUGGGAGUCUUAUGGUGCAUCAGCACCAGAGUUGCAGAAGCUUGCUGUUAGAGGCCCCAGCCUUACUUGUAGCUCCUUUGGCUACGAAAGAAAAUGGAGUACUUUUGAGCAAAUACACACCAAGAAGAGGAAUAUAUUAGAUCAUAAGAGGUUGCAAGAUCUUUACUGCAAGUACAACCAAGCAUUGAAGGAGAAAUUUGACUGUAGAGAUUCUAUUGAUCCGAUUAAGUUGGCUGAUAUAUAUGAAAGCAAUGAGUGUUUGUUAGGUGGUAUUGGUUCAUCGUCGAGGAGGAGGGAGCCAGUUUCUGAGUCGGAAGAUGAAGAGGAGUUUAAUGAUGAGGAGCAGAAGACUAAAGAGGAGGAUAUUCCCUUUGAAGGGGAUGAUGAUGAUGUUAAUGAGGAUGAUUAG